CGCCAUAUCGACCUACAUGUCCGGUGUAUGUGGAUUACAGUCAGAUGUGUGGAGAGUCAUGUCAACACUAUCGGUAGAAUCUGUCUUCAUCACUGGGAGCAGCAAAGGGGUUGGUCUUGGUCUUGUGAAAGCCUUCCUGGAACUUCCCAACCCACCCAAGCACAUGUUUGCGUCUUGCAUUGACCCUGACAACGACGAGGCCACGGAGUUGAGAGAAGUAACCUCACAAAAUCCCAGUGUUACGUUGAUCAAGCUGGAUGUGCGAUCUGACGCUGACAUCGCCAACGCCGUAACAACAGUGCAACGUGUCCUGGGAGAGAGAGGGUUAAACUUACUUAUUAACAACGCUGCCAUCAACUCACAGUUGUAUGGACUGGAGGCAUUGACAAGGGAGGAGAUCAUGAGUCACUGUGAUUGUAAUGUAGCAGGUCCGCUCCUCGUAUCACAAGCGCUGCUUCCUUUACUAAGAAAAGCAUCCAAACAAAACGAAAGUAAACCUCUCGGAUGUAACAGGGCAGCCAUUGUCAACCUCUCUACUGGCCUCAUCAAAUCAACGUACUGGUUACCAGAUGAACGUCGAUAUUCCUACAUACUGACCAAAUCAGCCAGCGCCAUUGCUACUGUCAUGAUGUCCCGGGAACUGUUUCCUGAUGGUAUCCUCGUGGUGGGGAUGAGCCCUGGGUGGGUGAAGACUGAAAUGGGGGGACCCAGCGCACAGAUCACCGUGGAAGAAAGCGCUAAAUCAUUUUUGGAAAGACUGGGUAUAUUGGAAGCUGAACAUCGUGGUAUGAUUUUUUUCAAAUCUUCAGCCGUUACCAUUUAAUUUGUCAGUUGUGGGUUUGGUGUGAGUGAUGCUUGAAGUAGAUCGAAUGUUUUUGAUGCAAUACUCUAUCAAAUAAAUUGACUCUACUUCACAAAUAAAAACAUCGUCAUCGUU